AGCACGUGAUUAUGUGGAAGAAAAAUGUACUUCCGGGUUAACAGCUCCGCUUGCCGCACGUGGGUACAUGAUCGCUGCUGCGUGUUUCUGCCAGGAAGCCAGGCAGUGACUGCUGUGUAUGUGAUCUGUGCCGCAGCUGACCUAUACCAUAAUGGAACCUGCAGAAGAGAGUUUCCCCCGAGGAGGCUCACAAAGGAAACCAGAGGGAACUGCCCCUAAGAAGAGGCCCCGAGAAGAUGACAACCUCUUUUCUACGUGCCAUGAAGAGGUGGAAGAAAAGCAGAAAAAGAAAAAGGAUGCAAGUGGGAAACCUAAGACUUCAAAACCUGAAAAGAGCCUUGUACAAAAAGACAAAGAAAAAGGCAUAGAGUUACUGAAUUUUAAGAGCCUUAAGGUCGACAUGUUGUUUCUGGGUUGUGUGAAAGAAGCUAAAGAUUUUGAGUUGGCUGUUCACUUGCCUUAUGGGCUCACAGGCUAUGUCAAAGCAAUAAAUGUUUGUGAGGCCUACACCAAACUGCUGAAUGAGCAGGUAGAAAAGGAUGAACCCCUGGAGGCUCUGUCUCCGCUCUCCAACCUAUACUCACCAGGGAUGCUGGUUAGAUGUGCAGUUAGUAGCCUGGAGACAACAUCUCGUGGGAACCAAAGCAUCAAAUUAACUCUGAAUCCCAAAAAGGUCAACGCAGAUUUGACUCCAUCAUCUUUGCACAAAGGCAUGUUUCUCAGUGGCUGUGUGUCCAGUAUCGAAGACCAUGGAUAUCUCAUUGACCUGGGAAUUGGUGGGACUAAAGCAUUUUUACCUAAUAAAAAGGCUCAAGUGUAUCUAAAUCAGACAAGUAAAGCUGUCUCUUUGCGGGUUGGACAAUAUGUAAACUGUGUGAUCGAUGAAGUAAAGAACGAUGGACGAAUUGUUCGCCUAUCCAUCACACAGUCUGAUGUGACAGCAGCCAUCGCCACAGAGGAGCAGAAGUGGACCCUGAAUAAUAUUCUGCCGGGUCUGGUGGUUAAAGCUCAGAUUAAAAAGGUCUUCUCUGACCGUGUCACCUUAUCCUUCUUGUCAUCUUACACUGGGGUUGUGGAUUUCUUGCACCUGGAGCCCAAGAAAGAGUACAAUGCUGAUCAGCAAGUGAAAGCUUGUAUCUUGUGGAUUGACCGAUCUUCCAAGAUCAUUAGAAUGACCCUUCGCAAGUGCUUCUUACAGCCUGGGAACUCCUUGAAGCAGCUGAGCAGUGACUGGAUCGGCACUGUACAGAAUAGCUGCACAUUGAAAGCGUUUCAUAAGAAUGCGGGUGCCGUCUUUCUGAUUGAUGGAGAAACAUUUGGAUUUGCACUUAAAAAAAAACUUUCCAAGUCAAAAAAUCAGGAAAAGUACAAAGAAGAAACCGUCCAUAAGGCCAGGGUUGUAGGGUUUAGCCCCAUGGAUGAGAUACUCCUGCUGUCUUUAGAAGGGGAUGAUAUCCAUGGUCAGUAUUUGAGACUUGAAGAUGUGCAGGUUGGACAAAUUCUGGAGGGUACUGUGAAUAGUUUGAUUCCUUUAGGAAUGGUUGUGGAUAUCACGAAGCACCUUACUGGUCUUGUGCCCACGCUUCACCUAGCAGAUGUCACCCUCAAGCACCCGGAGAAGAAAUACACUGGCGGGAGCAAGAUCAAGUGCAGGGUCCUGGAUGUGGAUCCAUCAGCCAGGAAAUUGAUCUUGACCAGGAAGAAAAUGAUGAUAGAUUCAAACCUGCCCAUCCUUACCACCUACCAUGAUGCCACGCCCGGCCUGGUCACUCAUGGCUUUAUUUGGUCUGUGAAUGAUACCGGAUGUGUCGUCAAGUUUUAUAACCAUGUUAAAGGACUGGCACCGAUCCGGGAGUUAAGCACGGAGUAUAUUACAUCACCGCAAGACAUUUUCUUUAAGGGACAGGUGGUUAAAGUAAGAGUGUUACAAUGUAAUCCAGAGAAAGAGACUUUGCUGCUGUCCUUCAAGAUAAUAGAAGAUGAGGACGGUGUAAAGAAAACCAGGCCUGUUAAACAGGACACAAAAACAUACGAAUAUGGAAAGAUUGUGGAUGUGAACAUUGUAAGCAAGGAGGAUGACGGGCUGCAUGUGGUGGUUCUGCCAGAGGAAAGUCCUGUGUUUCUUCCUAAGGCCCAUCUUUCUGAUCACAUUGCCAAUUGCGAGCUCUUGUGGCACUGUCUGAAGGAGGGAGAUCAGCUUACUGGAUUGAUGACUCUGGGCACCUUUAAAGGCAGAACUAUAGUAACCAACAAAGCUGCCCUCAUCUCAUUCACGAACAAUAAUCCGGUCGUAGAGGACAUUACGGAAGUACAUAUUGGGAUGGUGUUUACUGGGUUUGUGAAAAAUAUAAUGCCUUAUGGAAUCUUUGUGGAGCUCCCAUAUAGACUUGUUGGUCUGGCCCCUAUAUCUCAAAUCAGUGACAAAUUUGUGACUAACAUCAAUGACCAUUUUGUGGAGGGGCAGACUGUGGUUGCCAAGGUCACAAACUUAGAUGAGAAUAAGAAGCGUUUCCUGCUGACCCUGAAGAUGUCUGAAUGUGCCCCUGAGGACCCCUCAGCUGAGAGCUUUGCCCGUCUGGAGCAGUAUUUCAGGGAAGUUCAGCUCUCGAGGAGUCUUCUCAGCAGAGAUGGGGAUGGAGAGAAUAUUUACUCGUUGGUCCCAGGGAAGAAAUUAACCCUCAUAGUUGAGGAGGUGGAAGAAGGUUCAGUUCUGUUCAGUGUGGGCAAGAUCUCUGGAGCUCAGAAAGUAUCUGCAGAAUGGCAUCAGGAUAGCGCAAACAGUUUGGUCGUUGGGCAAAAAGCAAAGGUUGUGGUUCUCCAUGUUGAUCUUCUGAAUUCCCACGUUCAUGUCUCUGUAGAUUCAACUCUUUUGAGAAAACCAGUUGAGACAGUUAUUGAGGGUACAACACGUUCUGCUGUGGUGCAACAUGUGGCAGAAGAAUUUGCAGUCGUGUCUUUGGAUGAUACUGCACAUCUUGCAGCUAUUCCUCUCUCGAGUCACUAUAAUGACACCUACCAGUUUGAAUCAGAAAAGUUACACGCAAGGCAGAAAACCUUGGUAACAAUAAAGAGUACGAGUGUGGAUGAAUAUGGCCUCCUCCUUGCAGUGCGAAAUACCACUGGUGCAGAGAGACAACGCAGUAUUGCAACUGUGGACUUUGUGAAGAAGAAGCCAAUGAUUGGGGAAGUGGUCACAGGGACUGUGCAAAGCGUGAAGGCCACUAAUGUAAUGGUGUCUAUUACUGAUAAACUAGUGGGAGCUAUCCAUUCCUCCCAAAUAUUGGAAGAAGUGCCAGAAGGAGUCAUCCCUACAUCCAAACUGAGGCCUAAGCAGAGCGUAACCUGUCGAGUAAUAGGAGGGCGAGACGUCAAGACACAUAAAUUCCUGCCAAUUACUCAUCCUCAUUUGAUGAAAUCCAUUCUGGAGCUCAGUAUUCUCCCCAGUCUGAUGGACACCAGUGAAUGGGUUCCAAAACCCCAGUAUGCAAAGAUGUACAUGCCUGGGACGAAAGUGACCUGCUAUGUGGUCAAGUACAAUAAACUGAAGCAGUGUCUUGAGGUGGAGGUCACCUCUGCGAUCUCUGGGCGAAUUGAACGCCUUGCUCUUUCUAAGGUUGCCAAGGUGUUGAAAUGUCCACAAAAGCAUUUCAAGCAAGGGCAGGCAUUGUCUGCUACAGUGCUCGGAACAGGUCUUGCCCCCAGAUCACUCUCCCUGACACUGAUAGAGGACACUGUAAAAGAAGGUUGUGUGACCUAUGGCUUUGUGAAGACCAUAAAUCCAACCUCUGGCCUGGAAAUAUCAUUGCCCUUCGGGAACACUGGAAAAGCCAGCCUCUUCCAUUUGGGUGACUGUUAUGCCGACAGUCCUGUAACAAACUUUAGUGUUGGGAUGCUUGUGAGAUGCUACAUUCUCUCGGUUGAGGAGACCAUUAAACUGUCCCUUAGGAAAUCAUGGGUAAAUCCUGAGACUGGAGAUGAGGUGGCUGAUAAGGAAAUCUCUUCCAUUGACAGCCUAGAGGAAGGACAGCUGGUUUCCGGUUUUGUUAUUUCAAUUACAGGGAAAGGGAUCUUUUUCCGGUUAUCAGAGUCCAUUGUUGGCCUUGCAAGGUUCAAACAUGUUAGUAAUUACUAUAUUAAAGAUCCUAAAACAUAUUCCUCAUAUAUCCCUGACGGAAGCCUGCAUACUGCCAAAGUCCUUUCCAUUGACAAAGAAGAGCAACACGUGGACCUUUCGCUUCUCUCCAAGGAUACAGGGAAAUCAGAUCUUGUUCCAGAGUCUCCAGGUUUCAUUCCAAGGAAGGAGGACGGUGUAAAGAGGAAAAGAACAGAUUCUGAAAGUGAAGCCAAGAUCGCUAAAAAUAAGAAGAGACAGAAAAAAGUUGUCGAUGAUGAUGAGGACAGCGGUGUUGAGGUUAAUUGUAGUGGAAAGAAAAAUAAGACUCCUGCCCCACGGCUCCAGGUCUCUGCUGGCUUUUCCUGGGAUGUCAAUUUGAAUAAUCUUAAGACAUCCAUAGCUGGUGGAAAGGAGAGCAGUUCAGACAGUGAAGAUGAGGACGAGCAAACCAAGAGCAUAAAAACCAAAAAAGAUACCACAAAAAAGAUACACCAGAAACCACAAACAAGUAAGGAAGCUACCAAUCCAAAUCAGAAGCCACAAUCGGUGCAGGAGUUUGAGCGCCUUGUCAUAAGCUCUCCAAACAUUGCUGCCAACUGGGUUCAGUAUAUGGAUUUGCACCUCCAGGCCUCUGAGCUUGAGCAAGCACGAGCUGUGGCAGAGAGAGCCCUGCAGACCAUUUACUUCAGAGAGGAGCAAGAGAAGCUGACUAUAUGGGUGGCUAUGCUGAACAUGGAGAAUACCUUUGGAACAGAGGAGACCCUUCAGAAGGUUUUUGAACGAGCCAUUCAGUACAAUGAUCCUUUGAAAGCCUUCCAGAAUUUAGUUGACAUUUAUAUCAAGUCAGAGAAGUUUAAGGAGGCGGAAGAAUUGUUUAACACCAUGGUGAAGCGUUUCCGGCAGGAGAAGUCUGUAUGGUGGAAAUAUGCUACAUUCCUUCUGAAACAAGGCCAGUCUGAAGCCACACACAAAUUAUUGGAGCGAGCACUGAAGUGUGUUCCAGAAAAAGAACAUAUGGAUCUCAUUUCCAAGUUUGCUCAGCUGGAGUUCCGUAUGGGAGAUGCUGUACGCGCCAAGGCCUUAUUUGAAAGCACAUUGAGCAGCUACCCUAAACGCACAGACCUCUGGUCGGUGUACAUCGAUAUGAUGAUGAAACAUGCAAGUCAGAAAGAAGUCCGGGAUAUCUUUGAGCGAGUCAUCCAUCUAAGUUUGGCACCGAAAAAAAUAAAGUUCUUUUUCAAGCGCUAUCUGGAGUAUGAGAAGAAACAUGGCAACGAGAAGACAGUUCAGACUGUGAAGGAGAAGGCCCUAAAUUAUGUGGAAUCUAAAGGGUCUGUGGCCACAACAUAAAGCCUGCACCUCUAUGGGACUUGUAUUGGUGACUUUCUGCAGAUGUGGGAAAACUCCACACCCUGAAGACUUGUUUUUGUGGUUGUGUAGAUCACAUUGUUCCACUUCGAAUUGACUUUCCUUGGGGAUUUUUAAUAAGAUUCAGAUGUUCUACAGUGAGAGCUUUGGAGAAAAACAGACUUUACAUUGUAGUCUUUCUAUCAUCAAUCCGACUGUUUUUUAUUUUAUACAGAAGCAUUUUGUGCACCAUUGAAGGCAUUUGGUAAUCAGCUGAAAUAAAUGCCGCUCUUUAAAGAGAAUCUGACAUCAGAAAAUGACCUUGUGUUUAUCAAACAAAUCUCAUAUGAACCUAAUGUUUAAAGGGGUACUCCACUGGAAAACAUUUUUCUUUUAAAUCAACUGGUGUCAGAAAGUUAAACAGAUUUGUAAAUUACUUCUAUUAAAAAAAAAUCUUAAUCCUUCCAGUACUUAUCAGCUGCUGAAUGCUCCAGAGGAAGUUCUUUUCUUUUUGAAUUUCCUUUCUGGCUAACCACAGUGCUCUCUGCUGACAACUCUGUCCAUUUCAGGAACUGUCCAGAGCAGGAAAGGUUUUCUAUGUGGAAAUUCUCCUACUCUGGACAGUUCCUACUGGACUAUAGAUUCCUGUUGUCCAUGUGGAUGCUGCAAAGCAGAUCUCAAAAUGCUGUUAAAUUUGCACGGUUUCCUAACAUUUUUGUAAAUCAUCAUUAUUCAUAAACUUCAUCUAUUACCUGUGUGACAACUGAGCAAGCCUACCUGUCACUUCAGACACCCACCUGUUUGCCUUUUGGAGACGCACCUCCAUCCCUGCACCCUUGACCCUCAGAGCUGGCAUGCUACAGUAAGACACUGUCUGACAAAGGGACCAGAUAUUUUCUUCCAUUCCUUCUAUGCUUAUACUCUUCCUCACCCCUCCUUUUUCUUUUUUCACUUUUUUUUUUCUUCUCUGGCCUCCUACUGUUAUAAAUCUU